GAAUGAACUAGUAUUUUCCUAACAUCUUCAGUAUCUCUUUUGUAAGCCAGAAAGCACAGGAAAAAUGAAGUCCAGAGCGUUUAUUUUGGUUGCACUUCUAUGUGCUCUAUUUCUUCUCGUUUCUUCCACUAUGGCUGUUGAUACACCCAAGGAUGGAACAAAGGAGGACAAGGCAAAGGAACCCGAACAAUAUGGAGGUCGGUGUCGUUAUGGCUGCUGUGGUCGUCGGGGCCCCUAUGGUUGUAGUAAGUGCUGCAGAACAGCUAAUGAAGCUGAAGCAACCCAAGUAAACGCUGACAUCAAUGGCAAUGAAGGCGGUGGACAUGGUGGUGGCGGCGGCUAUGGAGGUGGUGGCGGCGGACAUGGUGGUGGCGGCGGCUAUGGAGGUGGUGGUGGUGGCAGCGGAGGUGGUCAUGGUGGGGGAGGUGGUCAUGGUGGUGGAGGUGGAUAUGGUGGGCACUGCAGGUACGGCUGUUGUGGUGGCUAUGGCAAAUAUUGCAGGUGCUGCUACAACCCUGAAGAAGCUCAAGCUUUUGUACAAAAUGAGAACUGAGCCAAGCCAUAAAUCAAGGAAACUUCCAUGUACAAGUUUGCGUGAAUAACUACAUGGUUGAAUGUUGAUCUUAUGACAAAAAUAAAAUACUUAGUACAUGUGCUUCUGUGCUUAGCACAUAUGUAAGGAAUAAAAAGUUUCAGUCAUCAUUUGAUGAUGUGAAUUUCAACAAGUGUCCUUCAAUCCCA